AUGAGUGAAAUGACUAGACUUGUUGAGAUGAGUAAAUCUAGCACUAAUAGACAUAUUGGAAACGACCUAAUGGCGUCUGCAAAGACAGGAAGCGGGAAAACAUUAGCCUUCCUAAUCCCAGUGGUCGAAAACCUAACAAAACUCCAAUUCAAGCCCCGAAAUGGUUGUGUCAUCAUUUCCCCCACAAGAGAGUUAUCCAUUCAAACUUUCAAAGUCCUAAGUGAACUGGUCACUGAUAAUAACCUCACAUGUGCCCUCGUUAUUGGAGGAACUAACCGAAUGGAAGAGAAGAAGAAACUGGCUUCUGGAGCCAACAUUGUUGUGGCCACGCCUGGUCGACUUUUGGACCAUUUGGAGCAUUCGAAUGACUUUAUUGUGAAGAAUCUGCAAUGUCUGGUAAUUGACGAGGCUGAUCGUAUUCUUGAAAUUGGUUUUGAACAAGAAAUUAAAAAAAUUGUCGCUCUUCUUCCAAAGAAAAGACAAACGAUGUUGUUCUCGGCUACAAUGAACGCAAAAACCGAAGACCUUGCCAAAAUAUCUUUGAAUGACUCUCCGCGUUAUGUGGGAGUGGAUGACGGAGAAGUGGAGGCGACGGUGUCUUCACUCCAGCAAGUAUUGAGUUGCCUUAUUCAGGGAUAUGUCAUAAUUUCUUCAGAAAAGAAAUUUUUACUUCUCCUUACUUUUCUUAAGAAAAAUCGAAACAAAAAAGUGAUGGUUUUUAUGUCCUCUUGUAUGGCGGUUAAGUUCUAUGCAGAACUUUUAAAUUACAUCGAUCUGGCAGUCCUGGCUAUUCAUGUUGGGAAUAUUGUCUGUAUUUGACAGGGGAAGCAAAAACAGACGAAAAGAACAAAAACAUUUUUUCAGUUUGGAGAGGCUUCGAAGGGGAUUUUGCUUUGUACUGAUGUUGCUGCUCGUGGACUGGAUAUUCCAGCAGUUGAUUGGGUCAUUCAGUACGACCCGCCGGAUGAUCCAAGUGUUGAUUAUCAGUUGAUUAUGCAGGAUUACAUUCAUCGGGCGGGGAGGACUGCACGUGGUGAGGCAGGGAUUGGUCAGGCACUUCUUGUGCUUAGACCUGAUGAAGUUUCAUUUAUCCACUAUCUACGUGAGGCACGUGUAAAGUUGGAGGAAUUUGAAUUUGCGGACAGUAAGUUGUUGGAACGGUUGGUGGAAACGAAUCAUUAUUUGCACAUGUCUGCCAGGGAGGCAUACAAGUCGUGUGUCAGGUCGUAUGUGUCUCACAGUCUGAGAAAUGUUUUUAAUAUUGAUAAGUUGGAUUUGCAACAAGUGGCCCAGUCGUUUUGUUUUAAUAAUCCGCCAUAUAUUGAUUUGGGUUUUGUUAUGUUUUUAUUUGUAGAUGUUCCCGUGUCCAUUAAAAGUCGUCCCAAACAUAUGAAGGUCGCCAAAAAAGCUAAAAUUUACAAGAAAGUUAAGCCUACUAAAAAAUUCCGAUUUGAAUACAGGGGCUCAUAUCGUGAACUGACACGUCGAGCCACUUAUAUAAAAAUUCCCGACAACCUAUCCGAGCACCAGUAUCUGGUCGAGGGAGUUUCUCUGGGUAUAUUCAAAGAUAAUUCCCUGGCUAUCCGCCAAUGA